AUGACUGACAUAGCCCCAACUCCAUCCCCUAAAUAUCCUAUAGCCGACAACCCUCUUUUCAUGGCAGGGAAGGGAGGUAUGCAGCUAACGCCACAGAGAAGAACUAAAAAGGCCACAUAUAUCACACUAGCUGAGGUGGUAGGAGUGGAGGGAAAAAAUCCUGUCACACAGCUGACAGAAGGUAAAAUCCCAACCCUUAUGCAGAGGUUCCAAUAUGGGCAAAUGAGGCAUAUCUUGACGGCACAGGGCCUUUCUGGCUUGACACCAAGAGAUCCAACCAGGUUUGAGAGGUUAUGCUUGGGAGAUAAAUCACCCCCUAAACAGACUUCAUUAUGUUACAAACUACUACAGACCCAG